UCAAAAUUUGUGUACGAGAGAAGAGAAGAGAUCAUCCCCGUUCUGGUAAUGGAGGGACUAGAUCGACCAGCAGCCGUAGCUGCAAAACGAAGCGGGAGUCCUAAAUAUAAUGAGUGUGCUAAGGCCUUGCGUCCGGCUUUCGUUGGAUCUCCAUUGUUGCUGCUGUCUCAAGAAGAGGGUGGUUGUUGUCUAUACAAGCCAGACGAAGAUAAGUUUUACGAGACAAAGAGUGACUUUUCGGGGUAUCGAUUCCUGGCAAGCUCGGACGACAAGAAUGGAGAUUUUGUUGUUGUGUGGCAAUUUGAGGAAGGCCAAUUUUUAGGGUUUUGCAAGAAAGGGAAUUUACAUUACCGCGAUAUUCCAAUACGGGUGGAUGUUCGCAGGGAGUUCCGAGGCCUAAAAGAUGUGGUGCUUAAAGGUUACAAUCUUUACUCCCUGGUGACCCGUAGCUUCAUUCGACACCUGGAUUUGUCUGGACAAGAUGGUUUCAAGGAUGUAUCCGUGAUCCCUAGGUUUCCAAUGUGGAAGCCAGAUACGCCUAGGGUUGAUUUCGGAGUAACGGAAAUAAAAAAGGUCAUCUCUUUUAGCGAUAGCAUUGCUGUUACAACAUCAGGAGAGGUUUUGUUAGUCUUUACCAAGGCUUACGAGCCAUUCUGUGAAAGGUCUAGGAUCUUCCGCGUUUACAAGAGGGAUCCUAAAGAGCUAGACCCGAAUACAUACGACACCAGGCUUGUUGAGAUGGAAUCUAUAGGUGAUGAAGCUCUGUUUUUCGAUUUGGGUAUCACCGUGCCUGCUGACCAUACCCUUGGUAUUGAGCCUAACUCCAUCUAUUUCACCCGUAAUGACCGUUUCGGUCACAAGAACAUUUGCAUUCCAUGCCUGAUCGACAUAUGUGUGUACAACAUUGCAACAAGGACUAUUAAACGCUUCCCUAGUCUCUCCAACUUAAAACUCAAAGAUGCGCAGUGGUUUCUCCCCUCUUGAGAUUUGGUGUUCUCUUGCCUUGUCAUUCUCCUGUUGAGACAUUCCCAGACUCUGCUUUGUUAUCCUCUUUUUCUUUUUCAUGUAGUAUAAUAUUUGACAUUGCUAAGUGUUUAAAAUACCUUUAAGACUUACGUUCCAAAUUUUAAACCAUUACUUCAGAUCAACUUAUCAUCACUCGUUGUCAGCAUUACUAAAGAGUUUUUUUUGUU